ACAUCACGCCUGAUUAGUAGAUAACUGACUACUUCUGUGUUCAUGAGGCGACUGCUGUCGAGCAAACACUCAUCCUUUACCAUGGAACUGAUCGAGGAACAACAGGAGCGCUACUUUAUUGUAGUGAGGAGAAGUAAGAAGGGCUUAUCUCGCGGGACAAUUGGGCACGGGGAUGCGGAGACAGCAGCUGGAGAUCUCACAGGAAUGGUUUAUGGAGGAGAUGGCAGUGCCAGAAGCAGUGGCACGGUGAAGAAGCAGGACACAUACCCACUCACACGCCAUCAAGCUCAGCUACUUCUGUUCGUUUCUCCUGCCAGCAGGCGACUGGAGCUCCUCUGCAACGUCCAGCUCUUCAAUGCAAUCUGUGCUCUUGCUCAGGAUGAUCUUGUAGUAAUCAAACACAAGAAGGAAUUUCAACCAUGCCUGGUGAAAAAUCUUAUUCAAAUAGGCAAGAAAGACAAACCGGGUGUCUUGCAGAUGCUGGGAUUUGAGUUGGAGUUAGUGGACACUGAGCAUGAUAUUUUGUCGAAGAAGACUGCCCCUCUUCCCUUCUUCAGCGCAGCUGACAUUGUCCAGGUGGCUCCAUCGCAUUUAAACACCAGGCAACCACUGAGAGGCGGCAUUGAUUUAGGUUUGAAAAGGAAAGCAGUGUCUCGUAUCAAAUCAAUGCCAGCUUUCAAAUCACGCAAUGCAAAAAAAGAAAGUAUCUUAUUAAACACGAAUGGGUCUGACUCCAUUCAGGCCUUGUCCCAUUAUUCUCUGGAGGUGGGGUCCAUGGCAGAGGUCAUAUCUUUGAAUGGACUGACUGUGUAUGGGGUGAUCAGAUGGAUUGGGGUUCCAGAAGGAAAGAAAAAUUGCUGGGCAGGACUUGAGCUGGACAACGAGGCGACGACUUGUUCAGAUGGGACAUUUGGUACAAAGCGGUAUUUUACCUGCGAAGAAAACAAAGCCUUGUUUGUGCCACUGAACAACUGCAAACCAGACAGCAGGUUUCUGAAUGAGAUCCAUAAACCACUUGAACCUCCCUCAGUCGCACUUCUGGAAGAUUUAAAUGAAGAUGUUCCCCCUGUUCCUGAGCAAGACGUUUUGUCUCAUCUGGUUGGCAGAAUGAGGGGAAUCCAAGGCCACUUCAACUCCUGCUAUCUAGAUGCCACUCUCUUUAGUCUCUUCACGUCAUCCAUAGCUUUUAACGGAAUGUUUAACAGAUCAACAGAUAGCGAGGAAGGCAUUUCACACAUUUUGAGACGGGACAUUGUGAACCGUUUACGCCGAUCAGGAUUUGUUCCAGCAGAAAGUGUGAUGAAGUUUCGUAAACAGCUGGGCUGCAAAUCUUUUGCUACAGAGGAGAAAGAUCCAGAGGAGUUCAUCACACUACUACUAAAGCAUGUUUUACGCAUGGAGCCAUUGCUUAAAAUCAGGUCACAUAGAGACUUGCCACAGAAUGCCUAUACACAUCAGAUCAUUGUAGAGAAGAAUCAGGUGCGAGCUGUGCCUUCGGUUGAACAGCUGCUUGAGAUGUCUUUUGUGUCAAGUGAUCUAAAGUUUGAAGAGAUUCCAUCUUGCCUUAUAGUUCAGAUGCCACGGUUUGGAAAGAAGUUCAAGAUGUUCCCUAAAAUCAUUCCCUCAACAGAGCUGGACAUCACAGACAUUCUCUGGCAGCUCCCCCGGGAAUGUUUUCUGUGUGGUCAUCUUGCUGAAUAUGAGUGUGUCCAGUGCCUGAUGGACCAUAAGCUCCAACCAGGCAAAAUUAAGCAGUAUUGCUUCACCUGCAACACACAGGUUCACACUCAUCCCUCCCGAAAGGAACACGCUCCUCACAAACUUACAGUUCCGGAUCAUCUUCCAGAAGAUGUACCUUUACAGAGGCACCAGAUGCAACUGUUUGCAGUCCUCUGUAUAAACACCAGCCAUUAUGUAUCUUUUGUUAAAUAUGGUCCUAACCCACAGUCCUGGAUCUUCUUUGACAGCAUGGCUGACCGAUGUGGUGAUGAUAACAAUGGCUACAACGUUCCUGUGGUCAGGUCCUGUCCUGAAGUGGGAGACUUCCUUUCACAAUCUGAAGAGGAGAUGUCCACAGCAGAUGUGAGCCAGUGCAGUGAGCUGGUGCGCAGACUGCUGUGUGAUUCAUACAUGUGUCUGUAUCAGAGAACAGAGUGAGGAGAGAGAUUUGUGAUAUGUUCAGACUGCUGUGUCCUUACCAUAUCUCUUGUGUCAUUACAUCAUCAGAGUUGACACAUGAGUUACACCGAUGUUUUGCUCAGACACUGUUCUUUAUCAAAUUGUUCAUCUGUGACUUCUAAUGGAAGUGUAUUUACUGUAUAUGUAAAAGGGCUCAUAGAUGCAUGUUAAGACAUUUUAUUAGGUAGAGGUAUGCAUUUAUACACAAAUGACAAUUUAAUUUAUUUUGAUAGUUUAGUAUGUUCAGUAUGAUAUUUUUUGUUACAUGAUUUAUUGUUUAGAUUAUUUAGCUAAGUUUAUUUGUACUGAUUAGUAUAUUCUGUUUGUAUGGAAAAUGAUUACAUUUGUUUAAUGUUUAUAUUUGUAAUA